CUCGUUCGACCGUGCCUGGUUAAUUCCUGAACCAUUCGUCAUGCUCGGUUACGCGGUUCGUCAGUCUCUACGCUGCCGCGCGUCGUCGGCACCCUAGCUACCCUCCCAGGAAUACCCGUAUGCGCAGUCUGAAACUUAAGCUACAAUCCCGAUUCCCAUGUCUAAGGCCCAAGGUACCGCGAUCCGGGAGCGGUUGUACGGUAAAACUAAAAGCUGCUGAUGACUAUUAAAAAGCCCCAGGAUUAGGUUCUAAGACCUAAAAAUGUCUCUCCUCCUCCUCACCAUCUACUCCUUAUCCGGUCUAUUGGUCUAUCAUGUCCUCAAAUUGGUGUAUAAGGAAUACACUUCCCCCAAUCGUCGCUUACCAGGGCCUCCACGAAAAAGUUGGAUCUACGGGAAUUUGAAUGAGGUUUUUUCUGCCGAAAACUCGGUAAUGCAUGAAAAAUGGGUUGAAGAAUACGGUCCCACUAUUCGGUAUCAUGGGUUUCUUGGUGUGCGUACUCCAGCGCCCUCUAUUUCAGGAUCGAAUUACAACUACCUUCUACAUUUCCAGCAAACCAGGUUCUACACGACGGAUACCAAAGCUAUGAAUCAUAUCUUGAUGAACCACUACGAUUUUCAGAAACCGGAUAUGAUGCGACAAGCCUUGGUUGAAAUUUUUGGUGAUGGUUUACUCCUCACCGAGGAGGAAAAACACAAAUUCCAGCGGAGGGUUAUGGUACGACCUCCAACCGCGAUUGACGAGAUAAGGCAGCUCAACUCUUACUUUUUUCUUCUAAUCCAGAAUCCAGCUUUUGGCCCAGCCCAAAUCAGGCAACUUACGACUAUAUUUGUGGAUAAGGCCUUGCAGCUUCGGGACGCAUGGAAGUCCCAAAUCGAUCUCGUUCCGGAAACCAAGGGCGAAACUCGCCUGGACGUCCUGAAGUGGCUUAGCAAGAUGACCUUGGAUGUUAUUGGCUUAGCUGGCUUCAACUACGAGUUCAACGCACUUUCGGCGGCGGAUAACGAGCUUAAUAAGGCAUUCACUGUCAUCUUCACACAAAGUUCUCGACCGCGGAUAUGGCAACUCGUGAGGGCACAUUUUCCUGUGUUUAGAGCAUUCCCGGAUCUUGUAGAUCAAACGAUCCGCGACGCUCGUUCAACAAUGGACCGAAUCGGAAGAGGACUCCUAAACGACUCCAAACGGAGGCUGCUCUCAGAAAAAACCGAUGACAAAGACAAUGCCGGAAAAGACCUCCUCUCCCUCCUAGUCAAGUCCAACAUGAACGAAAAUCAAACCCACCAACUGACAGACGAAGACGUCGUAGCACAAGUUCCGACAUUCCUCAUCGCAGGCCAUGAAACGUCUAGUACUGCAACGACAUGGACGUUAUUCGCGCUUACCCAACAUCCGGAAAUUCAACGGAAAUUACGGGAGGAAUUGCUUGGAGUGUCAACGGAUGCCCCAACAAUGGAUGAACUGAAUAGUCUGCCGUAUCUUGACGCAGUUGUGAGGGAGACGUUGAGAGUGCAUCCACCUGUACCUUCGACGACGAGAGUGGCCGUUCGUGAUACGGUUUUACCGUUGAAUGAGCCUGUGGGUGGGAGGGACUUUGUGGAAGUGCGGAAAGGCCAGACGAUUUUUAUCAGUAUCCUCGCGCUUAACAGGAAUAAGAGGUUGUGGGGGGAGGAUGCGGCAGAGUUCAAGCCCGAUCGUUGGUUGAACGGUUCGAUCGACACGUCUGUUCCUGGUGUAUGGGGGAACAUGAUGACUUUCCUUGGUGGAGCGAGGUCAUGCAUAGGGUAUCGAUUUGCUCUCGUCGAGAUCAAAGCGCUUUUGUUCACUCUUAUACGGGCAUUCGAGUUUGAACUGGCGGUCCCGGUGGAAGACUUGGGAAAGAAGACCUCGAUUGUACAGAGACCGUUCGUGAAGUCAGAGGAGCAGAAAGGAAGUCAGCUUCCUUUGAUUGUCAAAUUGUAUAAUCCUGAGCAGUAG